AUGCUACAUAUUUUGUGGACAGCGUGGGUCUUGGGGACCCUUGUCAGCCUCUCCAAGGAAGAGUCCUCUGAUCAGGCUGCUCCUCUGUCUUGUGAGCCCACUGGUGUCUGUGAUGGCAGCUAUAGAUCUUUGACCUCCAUCCCCUCUGGGCUCACGGACAUUGUGAAAAGCCUUGACCUGUCCAACAAUGAGAUUUCCUACGUGGGCGACACCGACUUGCAGAGGUGCGUGACUAUGAAGACCCUGAGGCUGGGCUCCAACAGAAUUAACACAAUAGGGGAAGAUUCUUUUCGUUUUCUGAAGAGUCUCGAAUAUUUGGAUUUAUCCUAUAAUCACUUAUUUAAUUUAUCAUCCUCCUGGUUCAGGCCCCUUUCUUCUUUGAAAUUCCUAAACUUGCUGGGAAAUCCUUAUAACACACUUGGGGAAGCAGCUCUUUUUUCUCAUCUCACAAACUUGCGGAUCCUGAAAGUAGGGAAUAUUGAUGCCUUCACUCAGAUUCAGAAGAAGGACUUUGCUGGACUCUCUUUUCUUGAGGAACUUGAGAUUGAGGCGUCCAAUCUCCAGAAGUACGAGCCAGGGAGUUUGAAGACCAUUCAGAACAUCAACCACCUGAUCCUUCGGAUGAGGCGUUCUGUCUUCCUGCUGGGGAUUUUUGUGGAUCUGUUGAGUUCCUUGGAAUAUCUGGAACUGAGAGGCAUGGAUUUGAAAACUUUCACUUUUUCAAAACUACCCAUCACUGAAACCAACCCAGUGAUGAAAAAGUUUACCUUUAAAAAUGUGGAAAUCAGUGAUGGAAGUUUUGGCCCCCUCGUGCAAUUGCUCAGUUAUGUGCCUACGGUGUCACAAGUCCACUUUUACGAAUGUACCCUCAUCGGACUAGGCGACUUUAGCACCUCUGAUAUACACCAAAUCAAAGUCAUGGAGAACAUAGAGACGGUAGGAAUCCGGAAUUUACGAAUCCCACAGUUUUUCUCAUUUUAUGAUCUCAGCAGCAUCUAUUCCCUUACAGGAAGUGUUAAAAGAAUCACCAUUGAAAACAGUAAGGUUUUUCUGGUCCCUUGUCAACUUUCACAACAUUUAAAGUCACUAGAAUAUUUUGAUCUCAGUAACAACUUAAUGGUUGAAGAAUACUUGGAACACUCAGCCUGUGAGCAUGGCUGGCCCUCCCUACACACCUUAAUUUUAAGGCAAAAUCACUUGACAUCACUAAAAAGAACAGGGGAAGUUUUGCUUACUCUAAAAAACCUCACUAGCCUUGACAUCAGUAAGAACAAUUUUAAUUUUAUGCCUGAAACUUGUCAGUGGCCAGAGAAGAUGAAAUAUUUAAACCUGUCGGGCACGAGAAUCCAGAGCGUAACCGGCUGCAUCCCCCGGAUGCUGGAAGUUUUAGAUGUCAGCGGGAACAACCUCAACUCAUUCACUCUGCUUCUGCCCCAGCUCCGGGAACUUUAUAUUUCCAGGAACAAGUUAAAGAGGCUGCCAGCUGCUUCCUUCUUACCCACAUUACAAGUCUUGAGAAUCAGCAGGAAUACACUCAAUACUUUCUCUCAGGAGCAACUGGAUUCCUUUGGGAACCUGAAAACGUUGGAGGCUGGCGGGAACAACUUCAUUUGCUCCUGCGAGUUCCUGUCUUUCACCCAGGGGCACCAGACCCUGGCCGCGCUGCUGGUCGGCUGGCCGCAGGGCUACCUGUGUGAGUCCCCGUCACAGGUGCGGGGUCAGCGGGUGCAGGACGCUCGGCUCCCGCUGUCUCACUGCCACAGGGUGGCCAUCGUGUCUGCCGUGUGCUGCGUGCUCUUCCUGCUGCUCCUGCUCACGGCGGUUCUGUGCCACCGCUUCCACGGCCUGUGGUACCUGAGAAUGACGUGGGCCUGGCUUCAGGCCAAAAGGAAGCCCCGCAGAGCCGCCCCCCGGGACCUUUGCUACGACGCCUUUGUCUCCUACAGUGAGCAGGACAGCAACUGGGUGGAGAACCUGCUGGUGCAGGAGCUGGAGCACUUCGACCCCCCGCUAAAGCUGUGUCUUCACAAGCGGGACUUUGUUCCCGGCAAAUGGAUUAUUGACAACAUCAUCGAUUCCAUCGAGAAGAGCCACAAAACCAUCUUUGUGCUGUCGGAAAACUUCGUCAAGAGUGAGUGGUGCAAGUACGAACUGGACUUCUCGCACUUCCGGCUCUUUGAUGAGAACCACGAUGCCGUCAUUCUCAUUCUGCUGGAGCCCAUCGAGAAGAAGGCCAUCCCGCGGCGCUUCUGCAAGCUGCGGAAGGUCAUGAACACCAAGACCUACCUGGAGUGGCCCCUGCAGUUAGCGCAGCGGGAGGCCUUUUGGCAAAGCCUGAGAACUGCCAUCAAGUCGUAGGGCCUCCCGGGGAGGCCCCAGCAGCCUGCCUGAGUGACCAGUAGCCACUGAGUCUGUUCUGACACAACUGCUUGUCAACCGCGCGGUGUCCUGGCUUCAGGAGAGCCGCUUACUACAACCUCUAACACCUGCGAUUUUAUGUAGAGUGCUGUUUUAUAAAAACAGCUGCCAAAUUGAAAUAGCAUUUUUCCCCCCUCUGAGACGGUCAUGAUCUAUAAGCUCCUUAUGGAUGCCUGCAUUAUUCAUGGUCAUUGGUUUAGUUCUUUGGGGAGUAGCAGGAAGGAGCAGGUUUCACAUGGACAGGUGGCACAGCUUUCUGACCUGUUUGCCCUGGGCAUUCUCUCUGCUCUCUGUGAAGCUGCUGUCUGGAGAAGCAGAAAAAUUUCAGGUCACUCAGCCAAACUUGUUGCUACUUCUGGAAAAAUGUGUGUGCCCUAAUUAUACUUUCCAGGAUAUCAAAUACCGGGAAGGUGUGUUUUUUCCCGA